AGUAGAUAGGAAUAUAAAUACUGCGCUACAAAACAGUAUAUGUCACAGCUGUGAUAUGAUUAUGAAAGAAGGAAGGAAGGAACAAGAAAUACUUCUAUUAAGGUAGAAGACUGCAUCUACUGCAUUUAUUAGAAUGGAGCAGGCCUUUCUUUUGGUUUUACAAGUAGUCUUAUGGCCCACUCUUGCAGCCUUGUUCACAGUGGAGGUGGACAGUCCUUUCCACGUGGCAGAGUUCCGCGGUGUAGUCACCAUGGGUUGCAGGUUCCAACCUGGGGGCCAGGGCCCAAACUUGUCAGUGAUAUGGCAUCGCAUCUGGCCUCCUCCAGUUGUGGAGGUGUACAGGCUGGAGAACAGACAGGAAGACCUCACUUCCCAGAAUCCCCAGUACCGUGGCAGGGUACGAUUGGUGACGGAGGAGAUGACCAAUGGGUGGGCCAAGCUAGAGGUGUCCAUGCUGAGGAUCAAUGACUCUGGGACCUACCAAUGCCUCGUGGAAAUGGCGGGAGCUGAUUACAAACAGACAACUUUGACUGUUAAAGCCUCCUAUAAAACUAUUGUUAAAAGCAUGAAGAGACGUAGGGGAGAUGAGGUAGAGCUGGUCUGUGAAUCUGAGGGCUAUCCUCUGGCCACUAUGACCUGGAAAGACAGGAGUCUUAGGAACAUAAAGUCCAAUGACACCACUGUUAGAACUCCAGACCAGCUUUUCCAAGUCGCCAGCAAGAUAACAGUGAAAUCCUCUGACAAAAACAACUACACCUGUGCCUUGGUGGAGGAAGGGAAAGUUCCAAAGGGUCCAUCAGCCAGGUUUGACAUCCCAGAUGAAAUAGACCUACCAGCAAUUCAUAGUCAAUGUAACACCCUUUCUAUUGCAUUGGGCACGUCACUGACAGUGGCCAUGGUCAUUGCUGCUGCCAUCUUUGGCUAUCGCAGAUGGAGAGGGAGGCCCAGGGAUCCCAGCACCCCGAGCACUAACACCCUCCAGGCUCAGCAGAGAUGGGAACUGGACCCUUUUAUUGUCUAGCAGCUUCAACUGGCCCUGGUGGGGCUCAAAACAGGUGGGGCUCUGCCCUCUCCUGCCCUGAAUGACGGGUCGCCACUGCUUAUACCACAUUUACUUGCUGUAUAUGCUGUACCUUUACUAUGUAUAAUACAGAGAUAAUGACAUGUUUAUACAGAGAUGUCCCAUGUUGGGGGAUGUUAUUGAAAAACCAGUUCACCUCCAUGCUCACCAUGAAACUCCAGAAAGCAAAUGAGUGAUUUCAGCUACAGUUUCAGUAUUGCUCAUAUUAAUGCAGUUAUCUACAGUACCUCGAGGAUUUAAUGCUGUUUGAUACUCAUUAUGAGUCUAACCAUUUGCUGACCACACAGUUUCAUUUUCAGUCCAAUGUACAAUUUCCUGUAAAAAAAACUGCCCAAAGACAGCUGUGCUAAAGACAAGGAAAUGCUCUUGAUUUUUCCCACUGAAUAAAACAUUCAGUCAUCAAACAAA